AUGGGCAAUGUGGUUCACUGCUGUCGUUUAUUGUCAAACUAUUUCCAGCGUGAAAACGCUCCUGACCAGACAGAAGAGCAAUCUCCGCUCUUGUCCAGAGAGAACAGUGAUGAGGAGAACUUUUGUCCCUCUAAGGCCCCCGAAGACUCUGAACCAUCUAAAGCCCUGGAUCAGGAUCACCUCUUGUAUCCAGAUAUAGUGCUGAGCAGCAGCUCUGGGACUGCCCUUGCCAGGGAGUGCGGAGGAGAGGGAUGUGGAGAGAUGGAAAGGCAGUCAGGAACAAGCUUGGAUGAACAAGAGCUCUGUUCCCUUGACUUAAUGCAAAGUAAUUAUGGAAAUGAGUGGCCUCUGUUGUCUUUCUUACAGUCACAAACCAUGGAGCACUCAGCUGCUGGCUAUGUAAUUCAGCACCUCUCUGAUGGAGUGCAGUCACCACCAGGGGGCAGGAAAAGUCACAUUUUAACACUUAACAUAACCAGCAAACCUAUGCUGGUUCACACUCGGCUGGACUCUUUUCAGGAGCGAUGUGGAGUCCAGAAGGUCAAACAGAGUGAACAGACAUCAAGGGAUACUGUACAGACAAAGCAGAUCCUGUUGCCCAUAGAGGACAGAGUAACACAAAUGGAACAAGACAGAACACAAAAUGAAUGUGGUUUUGUUUGGAAUGAAUAUGAUACUUCAUGUUCAGAAACAGAUGCAGCACAGACAGUAGGCAGUGCAGGUUUAGUGGUAAAAGAGCAUGAAAGAGCACAAACAAACCCUGGCAUAGCAGAGGUGGGACAAGCUCUACCACAGCAGGAAGACAUAACAGCAGAAACAGAAAAGUCUGUUAUACAGAGUGCACAAAAUGCUUCAAAAAGCCAAGGCAUGACACUAACAGAAUUCCAUAUAGACCAGAGUGAACAAGCUAUUGUGGAGGAAGAAAAGAGAAUGCCCAAGGCAGAUCAGGGAGUCAAACAAAAUAGACCAAGAGCAGAAGAAAUCGUAAUCACUGUAGAACAAAGUGAGUGUGUCCUGUUAGACCAGGGUGCUAUGCUGAGGGAAGACAGUGUAGUGCAGGUAGAUCAGGACUUAGAUGCAGUGGAAAAAGAAUUAGACACUGAGGCUAUGGAGCCUAGACACUUGGUAGAGACGAUGGAGCCUGACGGAGCAGAAACUAUUCAGAGUGGAACAGAGACAGAGAUGGAUGUAGUGGUAAUACACCAAGGCCAAGAGAAGACUACACUGAACGCAGUGCCAAUGGGACAUGACAGUGCAAAGGAAGGACAGAACUGUAAACAGGAAGGACCGCACAUUAAACAGGAAGGACAAGACUGUGAACAGCUACCGCUCAUUUUCACAUAUACGGAUGGAGAGCUGGGACAAACAGAGGAGUUCACUCUGUUUGUGAUUGACAAACUGUUCCUCACUACUCCACCUUUCGCAGGAUACAACCCUGACACAGAAUUCAUAAAUCACAUCACUGAACAGAACAGUUGUAGCACCAAGCACCAACCAGACUCUACGGCACAAGAAAUGAUGCUCACUUCGGAAAAUGGUUUCAAUGUCAAGAUCCAUCUCCCUUUCACAGAAUCUAUUGAGCUACAGGUGUCACCUCUGGCAGUGGUAUUGGAGAUCAAACAGGUGCUGAUGGAUCGGAAGGAGAGCUGCCACUGCACCUGUUUCUCCCUGCAGCUCAAUGGAAACUCGCUUGAUAAUUUCAUUCAACUCAAGUCCGUCCCAGGCUUGCAGGAAGGCUCUGUGCUCAAGGUCGUGGAGGAGCCAUACACAGUGCGAGAGAUACGUAUCCAUCUGCGCCAUGUUCGAAACCUGCUGAAGAGUAUGGAUCCUACAGACGGCUAUAAUGGAGCAGAGUGUCGCUCCCCAUCAUUUCUCUCUCUUUUCACUGAUGAAAAAAUGACGGAGAGACGCAAGGUCAAGAAGAAAGGAGUUGAGCUGAAGCAGUUUCCUUGUGCCCCACCUGAACACCUUCUUCCAGGCAGUAAACAGCGUCUACUGGCACCCCUGCAGCCUCCAAGAGAAAACUGGAAGCCUGUGGAAUGCUUGAAGGCCCUGACCAUGAGUAACUGGAACCCUCCUCCUGGGAACAGAAAGAUGCAUGGUGAUCUCAUGUAUCUCGAUGUGGUUACCAUGGAGAACAGACAGCUCAGCAUCACGGCAUCAGCCCGCGGAUUCUACCUCAAUCAGUCCACAACUUACAUCUUCAACCCCAAACCGGCCAGCCCUGGUGUCCUGUGUCACGACCUAACAGAUCUGUUAAGUCAGAUCAGUCCAAUAUUUAAGAGGAAUUUUAGUGCCUUAUUGAAAAAAAGAGAUUUGUGCCACUUGUUUGAGAGGAUGGCCACGCCCCUGCAGCUGUUCAGCUGGACUGCUCCAGAGCUUCACCAUUCUGUAGACUGUGUGAGGGCGGAGGAUGCCAGCUCCUCCCACCUGGGCUAUGAGGAACAUGUGCCUGGACAGACUCGUGACUGGAAUGAGGAAUUCCAGAGCAUUAGAGAGCUCCCACGCCAGAGUCUUUCAGAAAGACUGCAGAGGAGCAGAGCCAUGUUUCAGGUAAACAGUGACUUUGUUGCUGCGGCAACAUGUGGGGCUAUGGCGGUUGUUGACGGAAGCGUGAUGCCCAUAAACCCCAGCGAAGAACCGCGCAGUCGUAUGUUUAUCUGGAACAACAUCUUCUUCAGUCUGGGUUUUGACAUUCGUGACCAUUACAGAGAACUGGGUGGAGAUGCUGCAGCUCAUGCCGCUGCUAGCAACGACCUGAACGGUGUGCGAGCCUACAGCGCCUUGGAUGCAGAGGGCCUGUACCUGCUUGGCACCGCUGUUGUGGAUUACCGUGGCUACCGCGUCACUGCCCAGUCCAUUGUUCCAGGAAUCCUGGAACGGAACCAGGAGGAGAGUAUCGUCUAUGGCUCCGCCGACUUUGGCAAAACUGUCUUCUCCGAUGACAGGUUCUUAGAACUGUUGGAUAAACCAAGCCGACAGCUGAGAAUACAACGUCACCAGGUGCUUGAUAAGGAUGACCAAAAGGUAGAACUGUGUUCCUCUGUUGAGUGCAAGGGCAUCGUGGGUAAUGAUGGCCGUCGUUACAUCCUGGACCUUCUUCGCACCUUUCCAUCUGACCUCAACUUCCUUCCUGUGGAGAGGGAAGAGGUUCCUCCUGAGUGUAAGAAACUCGGUUUCCCUCAUCAACAUCCCCAUCGUCUGGCAUGCCUGAGGCAGGAGCUGGUGGAGGUAUUUGUGGAGCACAGGUGAGGACUGGUCUUGGCUCUCAACACUACUGAGGAAAAUGAUUUAAUGAAGCUUAAAUUAGUGAUUAGACUCUUUGGAUAUAAUGCACAGACUCUUCAGCUAAUGAGCAGAAACAGAGUAAUGAUGACAAAUGCUGAUAGUCCUGAGGGUCCUGUCAGUCAAACUCCACCCAACAUACAUUUCAACCCCAAUCUAUUUUCAGCAGAGGUACGAUUUCCUAAGGAGAGCAAGAAGAUGAUAGAGGAACAGAAACAACUGCUGAAAGAUGCUGCAGCAUUUUUGGUUUCACACCAAAUCCCAGCUUUGAUCAAAGGCUUCCUUGACUACACUGUGGUACCUAUGGAUGGGCACACACUGACUGAAGCUCUACACCAGCAUGGCAUAAAUGUACGUUACCUUGGCAAAAUGCUGGAGUUUCUGGAGAAUACAACCCACAGAGACAGACUGGACCAUGUUUACAGAAUAUCAAUGUAUGAACUGAUUACUAGAUGUGCAAAACAUCUUUUCAAGACAUACCUUCUGGCUGUGGAGCCAUCAGCUCUCUCUGCCUUUGUCAGUCAUUUCCUAAACUGCCUCCUGAGCUUCAGUCCGGAUGUCAAGGGCAGUCAGCACACUAAGAGACCGGUGUCCCGUCGCAGGAGCCGAUGUCAGCGCGGCAGUGCCGUAUCAUGGUCCAGCCUGACCACAGGUGAACUCUGGAGAAACAUACAAGUGGAGGCUCAGGAGUACUACCACUACAGCCUGCAGUGUGAGAGUGUAGACCAUGCAGUGGAGACAUAUGGUCUACAGAGGAUCACCCUGCUGAGAGAACUCACCAUCAAAACCGGCAUCCAGGUUCUGAAUAGGGAGUAUCAGUUUGGUGGCAAACACAGAACAACGUUCACUGAAGAGGACAUACUCAAUAUUUUUCCCAGAGUGAAACACAUAAACCCAAAGCCCUGUGAAGCACACCACCUCCUGCGCUGCGGCCAGGCAAGAGUGCAGCAAGGCUGUCUGAAAGAUGGCUGUGAUUUAAUCAACCAGGCCCUCAGUUUCUUCACUCAUGUGUAUGGGCCUUUGCACCAGGACGUGUGCACUUGCCUUCGUCUGCUGGGUCGAAUACACUACAUCCUCACUGACUACCCUGAGGCACUCGUUCACCAGCAGAAGGCUGUUCUAAUAAGUGAACGAGUGCUGGGUGUUGACCAUCCCAGUACCAUACAAGAAUAUAUGAACCUUGGACUUUACUGCUUUGCCAAUGGACAGCUCUCCACUGCUCUUCGUCUGCUGUACCGUGCUCGCUACCUCAUGGUACUUGUGUGUGGGGACGACCACCCUGAGAUGGCUAGACUGGAUAGUAAGAUUGGUCUUAUGCUGCAUGGGGGAAUGGAGUGUGACCUUUCAGUUAAAUUUCUGGAAAACGCCCUGACAUUAACCUUGAAAUACCAUGGCGCCUCAUCUCUUAAACUCGCUCAAAGUCAUCACUUGUUGGCAAAGGUAUAUGAGAGUAAAGGGGAGUUCCGCUCCGCACUGAGACAUGAGAGGGAGAGUUACACUAUUUACAGAAACCAGGUGGGAGAAACACAUGAUAAAACAUGUGAGAGCUCAGAGUAUUUGAAACACCUCACACAGCAAGCUGUGAUCAUGCAAAGAACUAUAAACAUCAUUCAGAAGAACAGCUCUGAUACUGGCUUCAUCCCUCUUAAUCUGGCACCCCCAAGCAAGAUCUGGAUUCUGGAAAAGCUCAACCUUAUAACAGGCAUUGUCCUAAUCCCACUCAGCAACAAGAAUGUGGAGGACAUGGGGUCAGAUGCUGAGAAAACUCCACAAACUUCACAAGGAAAUCUGUGA